UACAGCCAGUAAGGCGGACGCCUGUGUGCUUCUAACUGCAGCUCCUAUUGGAUAAAGGCUUCAUCACGUCAGAUCACUGUCAGGAAGUGCGUCUCACUUUAAAGUGACGGUGACCAACUUCCAAGGAGAUCUGGGAGAUGAAAGCUGUCCUGCGUUUGGCAGCAGUGGCGGUCCCGAUGGGUGUCCUGCUGUCCCGCACCAUGGCGUGGAUGUCAAGCGGAAAAACGCACCAAGACCUCAUCAGUAGACUCAGAGAUCACAGGGUAAUCAAGAUCGACAGAGUAUUCGAUGCAAUGCUGGCCACUGACAGAGGACUUUACUCCAAGGACUACCCUUAUGCAGACUCUCCACAGACAAUAGGCUACAAGGCGACCAUCAGUGCUCCACACAUGCAUGCACAUGCUCUGGAGCUGCUUAGCGAUAAACUAAUUGAAGGGGCGUCUGCAUUGGAUGUCGGCUCAGGAAGCGGCUAUCUUACCGCCUGUUUUGCAAGAAUGACUGGACCUAGCGGUAGGGUGGUUGGCAUCGAACACAUUGAUGAACUUGUUCAGAAGUCGAUAAAAAAUGUGCAAAGUGACGACCCAGAAUUGCUUUCUUCUGGACGAGUAAGAUUUGUAGUUGGGGAUGGAAGACAUGGGUAUCCAGAUGGAGCACCGUAUGACGCCAUUCAUGUUGGUGCAGCUGCAGCUACUGUUCCCAAGAGUCUGUUGGAGCAGCUGAAGCCAGGCGGCCGACUUGUUCUCCCUGUGGGCCCUGAAGGUGGUAGUCAGGUGCUGGAGCAAUACGAUCGACAAAGUGAUGGCACCUUCCUGAAGAAGGCGUUGAUGGGAGUCAUUUACGUCCCCUUGACUGACAAAAGACACCAGUGGCCAGGAGAUGAACUCUGAUUGCAGUUUGGUUGCUCCUGCAGGAGGUGGCGUUGCUGCUGCAUCCCUGGGCUCCAGUAGUUCUCCUCACAGUCUAUCUCAGUUCCUGUAUUUGCUAUCGUUUUCUCCACUGGGUUAGCACCUAGCAACGAAGAAGGAGGAUCAUGCUCUCUUCACCUGGACAGAUUGUUUAAAUUAAUAAGUGAUAGAAUAAGAGAUCACCAUUUUACUGGUUAACCUCCUUGUAAAGUUUUUAAACUGAGCUAAUCAGUCACACUGAUGUGAAAGAAUGGGGUGUAUUUAUUGUGAUGCUUGUUAAACAGUAAACUGUAAAUUCUAGAAAAGUGACAAACUCAGAGCAUUAUA